AUUUCAAUGUGAUUUAUAACCUCUCACGAUUAAAGAGUAAAUCAAAAAUCUCACAUUUGGCAACGAAUCUCACUCUUUACAAUCAUUUUUGAUACUGAUAGCGUAAUAAUCGCAGAAUCGUUGACAUGAGCGGUCGCGAUUCAUUACAAUUAUUGUAACAUUAAAUGUGAUAAUUACAGGUAUUAACGACAUAAGCACACUACAGUGCGUGUGUGUGUGAUGCACUUGUUUAUUAUCACUAACACUGCAGUGCGUAAAACGACCGAUCAUGUGUUCACUCAUGAAGUAAAAAAAAAAGAAAAAUAGCGAUAUGUCAAUUACUAAUUGACAUGUACGAUGCACUUUUGACACUGCACUAAUAUUUGUGUUUUUACUAUUAUCAAACGAGACAAAAAUUAUAUAUUUUAUAAUUGUAAAUCAAUGAAACAAUGGAGGAGAUUAUGUUUAGAUUGUCCAAUCAGCUUGAAACGUUACAGAUUCAAGCAUCUGUAAGUGCCCAGCAAGGUCAACAAAUUCUUGGUUCAUGGAUAUCACAAGGUCAACAAACUUUCAAAGAUCUAAGUGAUGAUUUGUAUGGACAAGAAAUAAAACAAUUCAUCCAGCAAAUUAUUACAUUGUUUCAAGCAGAAUUAAGAAAAAUUAAUUAUCAGUUAUCUACUAUAAAUUUAAAUCCAAAAUACAUCUACUACAGGGUGUUGAAUUUUUACUCUGCCAAAGUUUCCAAAAGGGAGUUCAUUUAUUUUUUUACUGGCAUGCUUAUAGGAGGUGUGAUAGGGCAUUAUUGGGUGUUAAAUAGAUUUUCUCCAAAACAUCUGCAUCAUAUGAAAGCUAUUGUUUGCAAUCAUUAUAUUGGUGUGGAGGGUGUUUCGUUGAUUGAAGAUGCUGAAAUGCCUACGAUACAGAAACCAAACGAAAUUCUAAUUCAAGUAAAAGCAGCUUCGAUCAAUGAAAUAGAUGUACAAAUUUGUUCCGGGUAUUCAAGGGCUUACAGAAAAUUACUUAAUUCUGGGAGGUGCAAAGAUCUUCCUGUAAUUUUAGGUAGAGAUUGUGCAGGAGUGGUUGUAGAUAUUGGUCACAAUGUGAUAAACUUUGAUGUUGGGGAUAAUGUAUUUGUUGCUGUACCAUCAUGGUCUACAGGAACAAUGGCAGAAUAUAUUGCUGUUCCUGAAAACCGAGUUUCCAAAAUGCCAAAAAUUUUACCAUAUGAGGCAGCUGCUAGCUUACCUUAUAGUGGCUGUAUAGCUUGGCAUACAAUAGUUAAUUGUUCUACUAUUGAAAUAGGAAAUGCACACGGAAAAAGGGUUUUAGUAUAUGGUGGAAGUACUCCUGUUGGUUGUAUUUUAAUACAAUUAGUUAAGGUAUGGGGAGGGUAUGUUGUUACAAUUUGUAAACCCCAAGCUGCAUCUGUGAUAAAAGCAUUAGGAGCAGAUGAAAUUAUUUUAUUCAAUGAUACUGACAUCUUUAAACAAUUAGAAACACGUGAUAAGUUUGAUGCAAUUUUUAAUACUGGUAGACAAACUGUUGAUGAUAAAAUUUUAAGGAAACAUUUAGUUCCUAAUGGAUCUUAUAUAUCUACUGCCCCUGAAUAUUUAAUAUCAGAUUCUUUAGGAUAUAUAACUGGAAGCCUUUUUUCUGGAUGUAUACGGAUAAAAUUGCUGUUACAAUAUGUUUUUGGAGCUACCAAUUGUCAUUGGAAAGAGGGUUCUAAGCUGAAUUCUGAUUUUUUGCAGUCUCUACAAGUGCUAGCUGAUUCCAAAAAGCUUCAGCCUAUUUUAGAUCGAAUUUACACAUUAAAUUCUGUAGAUCAAGCUUUGUCUCAUAUUUUAGAUUCAAAUGCAAUUGGUAGUACUGUUAUAAAAUUUUCUCAAUAGAUCAAAAAUCUCUGCUACAAUAUGAUUGUAAAUUUAUAUUGUAUUCUUCUACUUCAAAGUUUAUAUCAUAACUAUGUUUACAACAGACACAUGUAAAAUGUAAGCAAUG